CCAGCUAGAUUUUAGCAAGCCCCGUCAUUCACUGGUCAAUCCUCGAGCUAUGAGUAUAUCAUUGCUUCAUCGUUCUCAGGGUCAACAGGGACGGCCGCGACCCAAGCCCUCUCGCACCCUUUAAUCGAAAGCCACACAAGGUCUACGAACCGAUCGAGGAGGUCAAUUCAAGAGUCAUUGAGAGACAUGCCAUCCGAGAUCGAGGUCGUUGAAGAGGUCCAAUACCGGGAUCAGCAACCGGUAGUUUCCGGCACUGCGUCCGGCGGUGAUCAAUUGGGGGACGAGAGCUUGCGGAACGAUGUCUACACCGCUGCGGCUUAUGGGGAUUUGGACAAGCUUCAUAGAUUGGUGGAGCAGGAGGGUUGCUCCGUUUCGGUGCCCGAUGGGCUCGGAUACUACGCUCUCCAGUGGGCUGCACUUAACAAUCGUACUGCCGCUGCUCAAUACAUUAUUGAGCAUGGAGGAGAUGUAAACGCAAUAGAUCAUACCGGCCAGACAGCAUUACAUUGGAGUGCAGUUCGGGGUGCUAUCCAGGUUGCAGAGCUUUUGCUUCAAGAAGGUGCACGAGCAAGUGCUGCUGACAUGUAUGGGUAUCAGGCAACGCAUGUUGCAGCUCAAUUUGGUCAGACAACUUUCCUCUACCACAUUGUUUCAAAGUGGAAUGCUGAUCCUGAUGUUCCUGAUAAUGAUGGAAGAAGCCCAUUGCAUUGGGCUGCAUACAAAGGCUUUGCUGAUUGCAUUCGUCUUCUGAUAUUUCUAGAUGCAUAUAUGGGGCGUCAGGACAAGGAGGGUUGCACUCCUCUCCAUUGGGCCGCUAUCAGAGGUAACUUGGAGGCAUGUACUGUGCUAGUACAGGCUGGCAAGAAAGAGGACCUGAUGGUUACUGAUAAUACUGGCCUUACACCUGCACAGCUUGCUUCUGAUAAGAAUCACAGACAAGUUGCUUUCUUCCUUGGUAAUGCCAGAAGGUUGCUUGAUAGACGCUGUGAUGGAAAUAGCCACCUUGGAAAAAUCUCCAAAUUAGGACUUGCUCCUGUACUUUGGUGUAUAAUUUUUUUGCUCCUGGUCACCUAUAUUCAUUCGGUCAUCUUGGCGGCAAAUCUGCCAAAACUAACAGCUGCCGCUGGUCUUCUUGCAUGGUUUGGAGUUUUCCUUGCAACUGCUGGAUUAUUUAUGUUUUACAGGUGUAGCAGCAAAGAUCCCGGUUUCAUCAGAAUGAACGUGCAUGACUCUGAGAUUAAUAAAGAUGAUGAACCUCUCUUAAAAAUUGAGAUAAAUCAUCCUGCGUUGCUUGCUGGAAAUUGGUCCCUUCUUUGUGCAACAUGCAAGAUUGUCAGGCCCCUUCGUGCGAAGCACUGUUCAACCUGUAAUCGUUGUGUGGAACAAUUUGAUCAUCAUUGUCCUUGGGUAUCUAAUUGCAUUGGCAAGAGGAACAAAUGGGAAUUUUUUCUUUUUCUUGUUCUUGAAGUUUUAGCAAUGUUGAUCACUGGGGGAGUUACUGUUACAAGAAUAUUAACUGUUCCACUUUCUCCUUCAUCAUUUGGAGCACGGAUUCAAUAUGCAUUUACUCAUCUUGUGGGGGCUACAUCAUUUCUAGUUGUUGAUUUUUUCCUCUUCUUUGGUGUGUUCGUUUUGACAGUUGUUCAAGCUAAUCAGAUAUCACGUAAUAUUACAACAAAUGAAAUGGCAAAUGCAAUGCGAUAUAGCUACCUUAGAGGUGCUGGCGGUAGAUUCAGGAAUCCUUAUGAUCAUGGGAUCAAGAAGAAUUGUACAGAUUUCUUGAUCGAUGGAUACAAUGAAGAUGUGCAAUUAAAUGAAGAAUCGGAUAACCCUGAGGGUAUAGGAAUGAUAAAUAUUUCAAGGAGCUCAGGCCUCGCCAAUGGAGGCUCACAUUCUCAUAUUGAAAAGGGCAAUGGCCAUGUCAUUAAUGUCAGUUCCAGCGGCACCAGUUAUAAUUCGCGCCAUGCUUAUGCUGAUCACAGUCACGGCAAUGGUCAUGUUCAUUCCUCUCAUUGUUCCCACAAUAAUGUCCACAGCAAAUCGAAAAAUGAGAGUGUUCCUCUCGGCCUAGGUCUUGGUCUUGGUCGGAACUCCAGAUCUGGUGCUUCCUCAUCAUGAUAAUUACUCGUCUGGUUGUGCUGAAGUGUAAUGUGCCAUAGGAAUUACAUCUGGGUUAGAUUUUUGUCUAUUCAAUUUAUUUUGGCUCUAAUCCACUGCUUAGUGUGCAAUUUUGUGGCGUUAUAUUUUGCUUCUCUUUUAUCAGUGCUUAUUGAUAAAGUGCUGUUAUUUGUUUAGCAUGUUGGGAGACAAGAAUGCGGAACUUGUGAUUCAUACCUUAUGGAUUGGAAUGACCAAGUGAAAAAGGAGAAAUAGAAAAUCAUGUAUCAUCCCACUGAUUUGGAGUCCAACGAUGAAGAAUACUAAAUCGAUGUCUAGCUAGUCACAGUGAAUGCGUACGUUAUUUUGUAAAUUAGCUUUUUCUUAUUCUUCUUUACGGUUAUUAUAUUUAUCAAUGUAUUCUCCUAGUCUCAGCUACGUGCUCAUCCUUUUUACAUUACUUGUACGUAACAUUACGGUUCAAACUUCAAAGGUUACAAUGACGAAAACAAAUCGAACCAAAUUCAUCAAAGGUAUGAAUCCGAUAUGUACCCUUUAAAGAAUUAGAAUAAUGGAUCAAUGGACGCUCCAUCACCCUUGAUUCCA